UGCAGUUUUGUGAUACCCUUUCCACUCAUCAUCAUAGUCUUGUUUAUAAGUUGUCAAUUAGCCUAUGUUUGUGAGUAAUAGCCUAAGUUACCUCUUUAGGGUCCACAUUAUCAGUCACUGGUUUUCCUUCUUCCAUGCUUAAAAAACGAUGCGCAACUCUGGGUCCUUGCUUGAAGGCUGGGAUCUCUUCGAACCUGCGCGAGUCAGAUGUGCGCUGCCUCAUACGGACGAGGUGGUCGGAGACGUCUAGUAGGAUCAGAAAUGGACUAACAUGCGCAGGAAUACAAUGGAUGUAACACUGGCUGUCACGAUUUCAGGGCCAACCAAAAGGGGCCUCUUCCUGUGUAAGCAUGAUGCAGUAGAGCAGAGAGGGGAUACUUCAACCUGAGUGUGUGGGAGUGAGAGCACCUGAGGGCGUCAUGGCUGUCUUUAAACUCGAGAAUGUGGAGGACCUGUACGAGAUCGGCGAGGUGUUGGGCAGUGGUCAUUUCGGGCAGGUGCGUGAGGUGCGGGAGCGUGCCUCUGGGGCCCGCUGGGCGGGGAAGUUCCUGAAGAUCCGGAGAGGGGCGGGGAGCCGCCUGGGGAUGGAAAGAAAGAGUGUGGAGAGAGAGGUGGAGGUCUUGCAGGCGCUGCAGCACUACAACAUCAUGGCCCUCAGAGACGUGUUCGAGAGCAGGGCUGAGAUCGUCCUCAUCGUCGAGCUUAUCAGUGGAGGGGAGUUGUUUGACUUCAUUGCCGAGAAGGAGAGUUUAACGGAGACGGAGGCCAUAGAGUUCCUCAAACAAAUCCUGCAGGGAGUGAGCUACAUGCACAGCAAACACAUCGGCCACUUUGACCUCAAGCCAGAGAACGUCAUGCUGUUGAGCAAUACCCUGCCCAAUCCAGAUGUCAAGAUCAUAGACUUUGGCAUGGCCCACCGCUUCAUCCAAGGGGAGGAGUAUAGGAGCAUGGGAGGCACCCCCCAGUAUAUAGCUCCUGAGGUCAUUAACUACGAGCCACUGGGCACAGCGGCCGAUAUGUGGAGCAUGGGCGUCAUCACUUACAUUCUACUGAGUGGUCUCUCCCCCUUCCAAGGGUACACUGAUGAGGAGACGUUACGCAACGUCGUAGGGAUGGUCUACGAGUUUGACGACCAGCACUUCAGUCAGACCAGCGCCAUGGCCAAAGACUUCAUCCAGAAGCUCCUGGUGAAGGAUCAGAAGGAAAGAAUGACAGCUGAAGAUUGUCUACUUCACCCAUGGAUUAAGCCUCUGACCAGGACACAAAUUGCCAAGCGGAACCGUUCCUCCAUCAACAUGAAGAAUUUCAAGAAAUUCAAUGCCAAGAGGAAGUGGAAGAUGUCUUAUAACAUGGUGUCUGCGUGCAACCGGCUUUGUCGUCUGCAGCUACAUUGCAAGACUAGCGCCUUGCAGGAGCAAGAGAUGAGACAGUGUGAGAGUGACCAAGAGGACACCGAAACCAAACCUGCUUCACUCCUCCGUCGCAGACUCAGCAGCAGUUCCUAAAACCACCAAGUUCCUAAAACCACCAGAGGGGGGCAGGCGCGACCUUUCCCUGUCCCGCACCAGACAUCCUGACCAGUAGGUGGAGCGAGAGGGACACAGCCCGGUACCUGGAGGUACCUCCAUUCUCCAACUGGGCAGACUCUACCAGUACAGAGUGCCCGCCGACAUCAGUUCAGCAAGAUGAAGCCUAACUGGGAGAUGUGAUGAACUUUCCCUCCAAGCUAAUAAUACAUAUCAGUAAAACACAUUUUUCCCUGUCGCAAAACACUUGUUCUUUGCUUUUAGCCACUAACACCAAAGUUAAAUUUGAUGCGUUAGCGCUAGCUGCCUAGUCGACUCUUCCAGUACAGUCUGAACAGCGUUCUCUUUUCAUAAAGGCAACAGUCCAACAGCCUGACCUCGAUAUAUCUCUCCUGAAGAGGAAAAACUAAUGGAUGUCCAUUUUUUAAGGACAGUCCCUUUAGUUCCUGAAUACUUUAGAAUCUACGUAGACAACUGCACAGUGUUCAAUGCAUGUGUAUAGCAUGCAAACCUCAGCUGCCAAAGCAGUCUUGUAUAAAUAUGCAUAUGUGCUUUUCAGUGUGAAAGUGAAGGAUAGUAUCACAUCACCCCUGUGAACAGAGACUAUAGCAAAGAGCAGUCCAAUGAAGAGAAGAGAGGAGAGAGGAGGCUGGAGAAAUCUAAGUACUCACUGUGAAGACGUUUCUUUGGAAAAGCCUCGUGAGUUGCACGCUGGAACACUGUCUCUUAGUGGAAGAUAGCACACUUGAGUUGAAACUUUUGAUACAGAAUGGUAGCUCUGGAAUGGGGUGGAUUUUUACCCCAUGCACGCUUUUGGCUUUAACCCUGUGCCCUCACUGGAUAAACAUGCUUGUCAUGUGCAGUGUAUGCAUGCUUCCGUCACUGGACGUACUGUAUCCCACCCGUGCUGAGGUCUGGCUGAAGGUGUAUGGUCAGUUAUCCUCAGCUCUAAAGUAUAUUUUCAUCACAGUUGUAACAUUUGUAACACAGAAUGAUUUGAUAGCCAACGGUUAAUUCUGAUCACCAUGUACAUUGUAAAGAUUAUGUGCUUAAUUUGCAGAACAUGGACAGCGGCAUGAAUAUGCCGGAAAAAUCCGGAGACAUAUAACUACAUACAUUAAACAUCAUAGGUUUUUAUCUUUUUCAGUUUAUGUCAGGAUCUCUUAGCAGGUUCUUGCUGUACUAGCAGUAUGGCUUUUUAAAAAAAAGAAAUGUUGUGUUGUUUGCACGGUUUACACUGACUGCACCACAAGCUACUCCUCUCCUGAGUAAGAGAGGGGCAGAGAAACAAAGCUGACUUCUCAUAGGAUAGCCAUUUCAUCUAGAUUUGAACAGGAAUUUUACGUCUUCCUAUCAGAUUUGGGAUCACUUCCAUUUGGAAGGGUAUUAGUAAUAGCUGCACCAUGAUAUUAAUUUUAUGUCUUGUCAGGUUGUGUGCCAUAAGCAUCACUGUAAUGUUUAGUCAUGUAGUUGUUGUCUGAUAUGAAAGGUGAUUGAUACAGCAUGUUUUUGAGACAGCAAAAGGUUGCAUGUUAAUGUUAAAGAUUAUAUGACAGGGAACUAACCCAUUACAAAAAGAAAAACUACAGUUUGAAGUACUGUUCUGUACAAUAAUAUUUUCAUGGCCAAAAUAUUGCAUUUCUACAGGAAAGUGCAGUACUAUGUAGUCCAAUGUAGUAUUGUAUUUUAUUUUCAUCUGCAAAAUAUUGCAUUUCUUGCAUAGGCUGGUUAACACCAGACCACUUUGCUAACAGGUUUGUCUGGGUUCUCCCAGGCUAUUUAUUGCAUAUGAACAGCAAAUAAUUCCUCUAAAACGGCUAUUUUGAUAUUCUGACAACUGCAGUUUUGACACUUGGUUUCUUUUUUUGUAAGGGAAGGAAAACGACUUUUCACAGGAUAGGAAUGGUGAAACUUUUAAGCUGAUGAUACAUGAGGCAACUUUUUGAUCAACGUUGCUGAGAAAUGUUCCCAUAAAUGUAGUUCUGGGACGUUCCCAAUGAUAUUGGGCAUCCAUUUCUUUUCUGGAGAACUUUAAUCAUCUGUGGGCAAAUUGUCAUGAUUAUCCAAUCAGAAUAAAUGGAACUGGUUUUGUGGUUGCCCAGCAACAUUGCUCAAAAAGUUGCCUCAUGUAUCAUCACCUUCACAGGUGAUUCAGAUAUGCAUAAUUGUGUCUGAUAAUGGAACACGGUGCAGUUUGUUUUAUUCACAGCAACACUGAAGUAUUAUUAUGUAUUUGUAAAAGUGUUUUUAGUAAUGUAUGUUAUUGGUUGGACAUGUAAUCUAUGUUAGCCUACUGCUUUACGCACGCGGUUUGUCCUUUGUAUGUUUAACCAUUAAAUAAUUUGUUUGGAAACAUGA